CAGGCUUUUGUUGAACUUCUGAGUCGCACGUCACUUAGGCGCAUUAUCACCUUACGCUUACCGGGAGCCAUGAGCUACUCAACCGAAGAAAGAGGAAAUCCCAACACUUUGAGCUAUAGGGUGUUUUACAAGGACCAAGAUGGAAAAUACAUUUCGCCGUUCCAUGACAUCCCUAUCUACGCUGAUGAAGCCCAGAACAUUUUCCACAUGGUUGUGGAAGUACCCCGAUGGACAAAUGCAAAAAUGGAGAUUGCCACAAAGGACCCACUUAAUCCAAUAAAACAGGAUGUGAAAAAGGGUAAUUUGCGUUAUGUGGCCAACGUUUUCCCACAUAAAGGGUACAUCUGGAACUAUGGUGCUAUUCCUCAGACAUGGGAAGACCCCAGCCACAAAGACUGCGAUACUGGAUGCUGUGGUGACAAUGACCCAAUUGAUGUCUGUGAAAUUGGCAGCAGGGUAUGCUCACGAGGAGAAGUUAUCAAAGUGAAGGUCCUGGGUGUACUGGCUAUGAUUGAUGAAGGGGAAACUGACUGGAAGGUUAUUGCAAUCAAUGUUGAUGACCCAGAAGCAAAAGACUUGAAUGAUAUUUCUGAUGUUCAGCGACUCAAGCCUGGCUAUCUUGAAGCUACUGUAGAUUGGUUUAGACGGUACAAAGUACCGGACGGGAAGCCUGAAAACCAGUUUGCUUUCAACGGGGAGUUUAAAAACAAGGACUUUGCUAUUAAGACAAUCAAAAGCACCCAUGACUUCUGGAAGGCACUUAUAUCACAGCCGGCCAAAGCAGGAGGUUUGAGCUGUAAAAACACUUGCGUGUCGGAGGCAGGCAGUCCAUUCUGCUUGUCGCUGGAGGAUGCCAAGGCAGCUGUUGAUGGUACAUGUCCCUGUGGUGAUGCAGGAUCCACCAUUCCAGACUCAGUUGACAAAUGGUUCUAUUAUAAGAAGUAACAAGAGGAAAACCCUAAUAGGACCAGUCUGAUUUCACCCAUUAGGAGUAUGCACACAUUAAAGAAAUGAAUGAGUUAACAUGUUUAAAAGAUUAGAGAUUAGCAGGAAAAAGCCAACAGGUCUUGCUAAAUAUAUUUGUUUUAAUUUCAUUUAUUCAGUGUGCUGUUAAAUUGCAUACAGUUUAUGAUUGUUAUCCAAAGUAGCAGUCUGAUUAAACUUGGGUACUAUAAGGUGGCAUCAAUAAAGGUUUUUCUGCUUGUCCCCAUCAA